UGCGCUGGACCGUUGACAUCAAAGAAUAGCCAAUUGUUCAACCAAACACACAAAAUGUUCAGCAAAAUCUUAGCUUUUGGUGCCAUGCUGGCUGCAGCUAAUGCUGGUCUUCUGCACGGACACGCUCCCGCCAUCUCUUCACAGAGCAUCAUUCGCCACGACGAGGGUCACUACUCCGCCCCUAUCGCCUACGCCGCUCAUCUGGGUCACGGCGCCCCUCUGGCUCACGCCGCUCCCCUGGCCCACGCCGCCCCCAUCGCAUACGCCGCAUACGCUGCUCCUGCCGCCCAUUACGAUGGACAUGAUGAAUAUGCUCACCCCAAAUACGACUUCGCAUACUCAGUAGCUGACCCCCAUACCGGUGACCACAAGUCCCAGCACGAGAGCCGCGACGGUGACGCCGUGCACGGAUACUACUCCCUGGUGCAGCCCGAUGGCUCCGUCCGCAAGGUCGAAUACACCGCGGAUGCUCACAAUGGUUUCAACGCCGUGGUGCACAACUCUGCUCCCUCCGUACAUGUCGAACCUGCCCACGCCUACCACCAUUACUAACUUUUCUAAAUUUUAAUAUAAAUUACAGUCGACGUGCCUUAAAAUGGUGACUUUAUUUGUAUAACAUUUUUUAUAUUAUUUAUAUUUUUGUAAAUAUGAAUGCGUG